AUGUGUGACCCUUGCUUUGAAACCUGCGCAGAGCUGUCCGCGCCCGUCAAGAUCUUUGGCGACCUCCAUGGCCAGUUUGGGGACCUCAUGAGGCUGUUUGAGGAGUACGGGUCCCCCAACACCGCGGGUGACAUCACCUACAUCGACUACCUCUUCCUGGGUGACUACGUCGACAGGGGCAGCCACAGCCUGGAGACCAUCUGCCUGCUGCUGGCGCUCAAGGUGGAGUACCCGCGGUCGGUGCACCUCAUCCGCGGCAACCACGAGGCGGCAGACAUCAACGCGCUCUUCGGGUUCAGGCUGGAGUGCCUGGAGCGGCUCGGGGACGAGGACGGCAUCUGGUGGGGGGCCUCUGGGGGCGAAGGGGGAGAAGCAGGGGCGGGGGUGUGCGGGCAGGGGCGGCUCGGGGACAAGGACAGCAUCUGGGUGUGGCGCCGCAUCAACGCGCUGUUCAACUGGCUGCCGCUGGCGGCGCUCAUAGAGGGCAAGAUCCUGUGCAUGCACGGCGGCAUAGGGCGCUGCAUCGACCAGAUCGACCAGAUCUCCGCCCUGCAGCGACCGAUCACCAUGGAGGACGGGGGGCCGCGUGGAGGUGCGGGGGGCAUGGGGAUGGCGGCAACUGCGGCGGUGUUGGAAACAACGCUGCGCCGUUACUGCGCCACGUAG